AUGUCAGAGUUCUCGAGUUCUGCAAAAUCAGGACUGAAAUUGCACAAGUUUGUGUCAAACAGCAGAGAAGUCCUGAAAAGUUUUCCAGUCGAUGAACGAGCAAAGAGCCUGCAAGAUCUGGACUUAGCUAUUGACAAGCUUGUGCUGGAAAGAGUGCUAGGAGUGUCCUGGAACAUUGAGAAUGACACCUUCAACUUCAGAAUACAGGUGAAGGCAAACUCAUUCUCAAGACGAGGUGUUCUUUCAACGAUUAGUUCAAUUUACGAUCCAAGUGGCUUUCUGGGACAAGUAGUUCUUAAAGGAAAGAGGGUCCUCCAAGCUAUGUGCAAGCAGAAUAUGGACUGGGAUGAACCAAUGACCUGCAUUCAGAUUGGGAGAAGUGGCUGCUUGAUCUCCAGCAUCUAG